UUUCAACGGUUCAGUCGACGUCAAGCCGCUCGGCAGUGCGGCCACGGUUCACGGCACUCGUCAGUACUUAUUAAUUCAAUACUUAAUUAACCAAUUAAUCCGGAAAAAAUCUAAAUAAAUACUAAUAACGAGUUACUGCCGGUAAAAAAUUGAAGAACAAUCAGCGACUCAACGAUUAAACAUUUUUAUUUUGAAUUUUGCAAGUUUAUUUAACGAUCGAACACCUGCGCAUAUGGUUUGAGUGACUUUUGCAGUAUUAGCUGGAUAAUUAGCGCUGAAUGUGCAGUAAAGAAUAAUUACCUGACGAAAAAAUGAAGUAUUUCUGCGUUUCGAUUGUGUUUUUCCUUUUUGGAAAUGUCUUGACGGGUCCUGUGGGCAAAAACGAUGGAUUCACAUUGAGAAUAGUGCAUACCAAUGACAUGCACGCAAGAUUCGAGCAAACGUCGGCGCUGUCUACCAAGUGCCUUGAUAAGGACGAAAAGGCGGGAAAGUGCUAUGGCGGCUUUGCCAGGCUGGCAACCUUGAUAAGACAAGCGAGAGCAUCGAGUCUUCCCACUCUAUUUCUGAAUGCUGGUGAUACUUAUCAAGGAACCACAUGGUUCACCAUUCACAAAUGGAAAAUUGUCGCCAAAUUCUUGACUCUCUUGGCACCCGAUGCUAUCUCACUCGGCAAUCACGAGUUCGAUGAUGGUCCAGAGGGUCUCGUUCCCUUUCUCAAUGCCACUGAAUUUCCAGUCCUCACGGCAAACCUCGACCUCUCCCAGGAGCCGGAACUUGCCGCCUCCCGACUCCAGAACUCCGUAAUCCUUAACGUCACCGGUCACAAGAUCGGAGUCAUUGGCUACCUAACGCCAGACACAAAAGCUAUAUCUCAAACGGGUAACGUCAAGUUCCUGGAUGAAAUUCCCGCCAUCAGGAAAGAGGUCCAGCGUCUCCAAGAGCAAGGGGUGAAAAUUCUGAUAGCCCUGGGUCACUCGGGCUUCGCCAUGGACAAGAGAAUAGCGGCUGAGGUGGAGGGAAUUGAUCUCGUUAUCGGGGGUCACACCAACACCUUCCUCUACACCGGUAGCAAGCCUGACCUCGAGGCCCCAGAGGGCCUCUACCCGACGGAAGUGGUCCAGAAGUCUGGAAGAAAGGUCUACGUCGUUCAGGCUUACGCCUACACCAAGUACCUGGGGAAUCUCACCGUUGACUUCGACGCCCAGGGGGAAAUUGGCAAAAUUGUUGGAGAUCCUGUCCUGGUGGAUGCGAGAAUUGAACAGGCGAAGGAUAUCCUGGAGGAGUUGGACCAGUGGCGACCAGCAAUACAGGCACUGCAGAAUAAGUCUGUUGGCUCUGCCAAGGUGCUUCUUGAUGGCAACAGCAAGAACUGCAGGUGGAAGGAGUGCAACUUUGGAAAUUUGAUUACUGAUGCUAUGAUUGAAUCUAAUGCCAGGGAGUACGCAGGGGACGAGGGUUGGACCGACGCUCCCAUCGCCAUCCACAAUAGUGGAUCUCUUCGGGCAUCAAUUGAUCGAGAACCGGACGACAAUAUCGCAAUGAGCGAUAUUGUCGCAGCUCUACCGUUCAAUAAUGGAAUAGGAAAAAUUAAAAUCACUGGACGACAACUCAAAGAAGUCUUGGAGUGGAGUGUACACGAUUUAAUUUAUAAUCACACUGGCGAUCUCAGGGGAGCAUUCAUCCAUUUUUCUGGGCUCCAGGUGGAUUACGAUUUAUCACGUCCCAAUGGCGCUCGAGCGGUGGCUGUUCAAGCAAGAUGUGGUUCAUGUAGAAUUCCGAGCUUCGAGCCUCUCAAUAAUGACGAAACUUACACCAUUCUUGCCACAGACUUCUUACACGCUGGUGGAGACCAGUACGAAAUGCUGAAGGAGUUGCCAUGGACGGCCUUAGGAGUCACGACAGACCAGGCGGUUGCUACCUACAUAAGGCGUCACAGUCCAGUGUAUCCCGGGGUAGAAUGGCGAAUAAACUACGUAUCAACCGGUCCAAAAAUAGAGGAUCCAGUUGUUGAUGAUCAUGAUAACGUGAUUGGAGCCGCUAAUGUCUUCAGUUCAGUCACGCUCAUGAUGCUCAUACCAACAGUGGCCUUGAUCUUGGGACGAUGAUGAUUAGUGGAGCAGAAAUGAUUUUCGACAGCUUACAAUCAAAUUCCAAUUCUACAUUAAUCAAGUAAUGAAUUACUUCAAUUUAUCGAUUUUACGGAGUUAAUUCCGUUGAUCAAUUAUGUACAGCCUCUCAAUUGUUUCUUUCUAAUUGUAUUCAGGUCAAUUUAACUCAAUUUAAUAAUUUAUGAAGAAACGAACAGCAGAUGUCUUCCUCAAUGAUGAAGAAUUUUAAUUAUGGAUUUGUACUACUUACUGAUCAAAUUAUACAUCUAUUGUGAGAAUCUGAA